AGGUGUCAAACUCGACCACAUGACAUAUGCUCGACACUCUUGCCCAUAGACAUAAUUUGGAAAUUCAUUCGUCAGAAUAAAACGGUCGACCAAUCAGGACAAAAGGGGUAAAGAUUUCUUCUGCUCCGAUUGGUCAAUCAACACGCUACUUUAUUGCGACGAGAAGAUUUUUGAACGCCACCCUGUCCAGCAGGAAUUUUGAAUGAGAGACAGGCGGUAUUUAUUUUAAUUACAUCUAACCACAUCCAACAUUAUAUUUCGGAUUUCUUGGAGUGAUAUUGAGAGUGAAAUACAGCGUGAAAUGGCGACGGAGAAGGAUUUAGUAAAUGGUACAUAGCUACAUAAAUGUUGCAUAUUAUAAAUAUUACGAAAUCAAGGAUUAUGGCAUAUUUGACAACUGUAAGGGAAUCACUAAAGGCUGAUGGAGACCUUGAUCGUAUGAAAGCAGAAAUGCGUACAGAAGUGAUAAAGCUACUAGAUUGCUCCAGUAAAGAGAAUAAGAAAAUUGUUAAACCCUCCCACGAUAUUAUAUUGCUCAAUGAACUUGUUAGGGAGUAUUUGGAUUGGAUGGGAUAUAAAUAUAGCUCUACUGUAUUUAUUGCAGAAUGUGAUCUCCCAAAGCAUUCCUUGGAUCGUACACUUCUUGCACAGAGUCUAGGAGUAAAAGACAAUGAAAAAAGCAGGAACUUACCACUGCUCUGUGGUCUUGUGCAAACAUUUACUAAUUUGAAAAAUACCUAAUUAUAAAUUUCCCAAGCAAACAUAAAUUAUUCUAUAUCCAAUCGUGCUUUUUAAAUGCUAUUUAUUUAUUUCAGAUGUAUGUUACAUAUAGAUAACUUAGAUAUAUCUUUUUAUAUAUACAAAUAUGAAAGUGUAACACACAAAUGUGUAUGUGAAAUGUGUACAAGUCAUAGUAUUCAUUACAAUAAAAAAAAAAAAUAUAAAGAAGAAACAAUUUAAGUCUCAUUUUAAGU